AGGAGUUUUACGGCACACUCAGCGUCACUUGAGGACGUCGAAGCACAUAAGAGACUUAUCUCCUACGCCAAAGUUAGUAGUUGCACUGCGGCCAGCCAGGUAGCUUACGUAGCCUUCACCGCUUGAUUGCUGCGGCUCUUUCCAUCACUGGCGCGUCUAAUUUUAAGACCUGGAAUAGGCUACUUGUUUAAUAGCACCUAUUUACCUAUAAAUUAUUUGAUUUGUUUUCUUAUUAUGUUUUGGUGGAACGCACAAGCUAAGUCGUCAUAGGUUAAGGCUAUUUAGGGAUAGUUUUAGAGCAAGUUGGCUAUUAUUUGCAUCAGCAGUUAGCUUUCAAGCUAAAUUAAGAAGUCUGUUUUGAUGCCUGAUUUUGAGCAUUUCAGAUUUUCAUACUCAAGCAUGAAUCCAUUAUUGGGAGAGAACGCGUUCCUGGUUCAGCAACAGCAGCACAACCAGAUGGGGAGCCAUUCUGAUUAUUCCAUGACAGGCCUAGACUCAUACGGUGCAGCUGACUCAGGCUUCAUCUUGGGCGAGCACAACGGGUUUGGACAAGAUGGCAUAUCUGGCCUGGACAUACAUUCGCUGCCACCUUCAGGACUCGCUUAUUUGCACCAGAACAACAUGCACCGUGCACCGCCGCCCCCCGCAGCGAUGGCCCUGCGUAACGACUUGGGUUCCAACAUCAGUGUUCUCAAGACCUUGAAUUUGCGCUUCCGUUGCUUUUUGGCUAAAGUUCAUGAACUGGAGCGUCGGAAUAAAGCUUUGGAGAAGCAGCUUCAACAGGCUUUGGAAAACAAUGAGGACAAUUCAGAAGGACACGGUAAAAAGCCAUUGACUAAGGAAAUGGGAGUCCAGACUGGUUUCGUAGGGCCCAUCGCAAUUAGGCCCGGACAUAUCCCACUCCAGAACGUCAAUAACUCUGCAUACCUGCCUGGGGGUCUUCUCUCUCCAUCACUCAACAGGCCUACAACUCCCUCCUUUGAGUCCAACAGCAAAUCAGUAUUUAGGAACUCGACUCUGACUGACUCGAAUUCCAACCUCAAUUCCAACCAACUCACUCCACAUAUUUGCCUCAGUCCUUUAUUAACCCCUACUGAUACUUCCAACCCUAUAUCCAACAUUAACGAGAAAUAUGUCAGUUCUGGGACUGGUAUGUCUACUAACCCGCCUCCCCGGUUCCUUCCCGGCACCGUUUGGUCCUACAACCACGACCGCAGGUUUGGCACUGGGAGGGAGUCGCGCGUAACAGAUAUGGGUGUGCCUUGUGCCCAAACGGACGGCGUAGGUGUUCAAAUCGACACCAUCACCCCUGAGAUACGGGCCCUGUACAACGUGUUGGGCAAGGUGAAACGAGAGAGGGAUGAGUAUAAAUGCAGAUGGGAGGAAGAGUACACAGUCAGAGUGGACCUCCAGGAGAAAGUGGCUGAGCUGGAGGAGGACCUCCAGGAGAGUGAGGUGUGUCAGGAUGAGCUGGCCCUCAGGGUAAAACAGCUGAAAGCUGAGCUGGUCCUCUUCAAAGGCCUUAUGAGCAACAACCUGUCGGAUCUGGACAGUAAGAUCCAGGAGAAAGCCAUGAAGGUGGACAUGGACAUCUGUAGACGCAUCGACAUCACAGCUCGCCUGUGUGAUGUGGCCCAGCAGAGGAACUGUGAAGACAUGAUCCAGAUCUUCCAGCAGAUGGCCACACCUCCUUCCACUCUGACCCGCCGGCCCCGGAAACAGGCGGCCCAAUCGGUUAAAGGCGGCGACGGGGACGAACCAACCAGCAUCUCUGAGAGCGAGGCGGGCAAGGAUGAGGAGUCGUGUAGCACGUCAGCCAAUCAGAUCAACGAGGAAAUGCAGAGGAUGCUGAACCAGUUGAGGGAGUGUGAGUUUGAGGACGACUGUGACAGCCUGGCCUGGGAGGAGACUGAGGAGACUCUGCUGCUGUGGGAGGACUUCCCAGGAUACAAUCUGGGGGCAGUGGAGACACAGGGAGAGCAGCAGGAGGAGUCCAUAGAGAAGGUAAUACAGGACACAGAGUCCCUCUUCCAGACCAGAGAGAAGGAGUAUCAGGAGACCAUCGACCAGAUCGAGUUGGAGCUGACCACGGCUAAGAGUGACAUGAACCGACACCUGCACGAGUACAUGGAGAUGUGUUCCAUGAAGCGAGGCCUGGACGUGCAGAUGGAGACGUGCAGGAGACUCAUCACCCAGAGUGGAGACAGGUAUCAGACACCUCCGCAUGGUGCUGAACACUCUAAACGCUCAAAAAGAUACCCUAGGAAGUCUCCCCCUCUCGUUACUGCGGCCAUGGAGGACUCUGAUGACGGAGAGAAGGAGAGGAGUAAGGUGUCCCCACCCGCAGACUCUGAAAGUGAUGAACCCUACUGUGACACCAAGGUUAAUAGUGGUACGGUCCCUCACUUACCAUGGAGGAAGUCCUAAUCCUUACUGAUGAUGCCCUGUAGAUGUACCAUAGUCUGGAUAGUGCUGUUGUUUACAUUUUUUUUGCCAUAAAUGAUGUAAAGCCAGCAGACUCUUUCCAGGGCCAUAAAUCACCACUGCCCUCUUGUGGUUCAGGUUAUUACAACACCUAAUCUGAUAGGACUAAAUGGCAUUUAGAAAAGGAAAUCAAUUGGAUUUCUUAACAUUGUGAUAUUUCUAUGAUAUGAACGAUCAAAAUAUAUACCUUUUUGUUAAGUUUGCCCAUUGAUCUUGCUAUAUGUAUCAAGAUUCAACCGAAAACAAUUUGCACACGGUUUUUGUGGAAUAAAGGCCUUAUGUUACAUUGCAGUUACAGAUUUGAAACAUCAGCAGAAUUUUUGAAGGCAAACAACAACAAAAAAAUGCACCAUUGGCGAAAAAUUGUCACAGGAUAAGUCAUUAUCUAGCAGUCUGUCACAUCUGAACAAAAUUAACAUUUGCAGUUUGCUAAAGGGAAAGGGCCUAGCUUUUGAUAGCCAUCGAUGAAAAUCUAUUUUCUUUACAGUUAAUAUCCUUCUCAUUCCAUUUUGCCCAUUUUGAAAGAAUGGAUACAAGAAGCAUAUAGAAAGAUUCAAGGAUGUAAAGCCUUUUUAAUCAAGGAUGUAAAGCCUUUUUAAUCAAUCUCAUAACAUUCAUAUGUACACAUGUUAUUAACAGAGAGGUUCACAACAUUCGUAUGGACACAUGUUAUUAACAGAGAGGUUCACAACAUUCGUAUGGACACAUGUUAUUAACAGAGGUUCACAACAUUCGUAUGGACACAUGUUAUUAACAGAGAGGUUCACAACAUUCGUAUGGACACAUGUUAUUAACAGAGAGGUUCACAACAUUCGUAUGGACACAUGUUAUUAACAGAGAGGUUCACAACAUUCGUAUGGACACAACAUGUUAUUAACAGAGGUUCACAACAUUUGUAUGGACACAACAUGUUAACAGAGAGGUUCACAACAUUUGUAUGGACACAUGUUAUUAUCCGAGAGGUUCACAACAUUUGUAUGGACACAACAUGUUAACAGAGAGGUUCACAACAUUUGUAUGGACACAUGUUAUUAUCCGAGAGGUUCACAACAUUUGUAUGGACACAUGUUAUUAUCCGAGAGGUUCACAACAUUCGUAUGGACACAUGUUAUUAACAGAGAGGUUCACAACAUUCGUAUGGACACAUGUUAUUAACAGAGAGGUUCACAACAUUUGUAUGGACACAUGUUAUUAACAGAGAGGUUCACAACAUUCGUAUGGACACAACAUGUUAUUAACAGAGGUUCACAACAUUUGUAUGGACACAUGUUAACAGAGAGGUUCACAACAUUCGUAUGGACACAACAUGUUAUUAACAGAGAGGUUCACAACUGUUAUUUACUUUGCUUGGUUACAUAUUCAUGCACUUUAUUUAUUUCAGCCCUUUUUCAUUCCUCAUUGAAAUUCAGAUAGCUACAGUAUUUUUUUUAAAUGAAUAAAUAACUUAUUUUUAUUGCUAUUUGUUUUCUAUUACAAUUGCAACAAUGAAAGUAUGACAGUUGAUAUGUUUUUUUUUUAAAUGAAAUGCCCAGCAUAAUAUUGUGUCGUUUUGCAAAGACAAUUCACAAAAGCCAUCGAUAUAAUUAUUCUCAAUAGUUUAGAGUUAAAAGAAAAACAUUGGGACCAUUAGCUUUGUACAGUCAUGCACAUUGCUGUAAUCCCAAACUUGAACCAAACAUAGGAGCAUACUGCAUGUGGAUAGUGUUGAUAUCACAACCCACAUAAACGCGUCCUAUAAAAGCACUCACUCAAUGCAAGUGAAAACAUACCCAGUCAGCAGUGAAUUCAUCUUCACCUGCAAUGGGGGGGGGGAAAGCGCUCUGAUUAACCAACGGUGAAUCAGACUGCCGUUUGGUGCGCUUUAAAACCAUUUGCUUUGUGUGCUUUUGCUUUGUGAGAUCUGUGGUACUGUGGUUGUAGCAACAUUUCAUUGCACUUGAACAUGCUCAAUGUUUACAGUUGUAGGAAAACGUAAACAACAAUCCUAUCUAAGGGCUCGAUUCAAUCAGCGCAGAAGAUCGGCCUUUAUCGCACGAUUGACAUUCAAAGGUUUCUGUGUUCGCUGAGACCGCACAUUCACGGUAAACGCUACUCAUGUCGGCUCAAUUGAAAAUGACCUUUACAUUUCAACCACACGAUUCAAUCGGGCCGCUCCUUUGUUUAUUGAUGUCUGAACGCGUCUUGUAGAAAAAAAUCCCCCUACUUUGUAGAGUUUUGUAAAUCUCCACAUCUAAAAGUUGCACAAAAUGAUCUGUGUUGAACAGUAAUUGUGACGCUGUGUACAAAUGCUCAAAUAUAACAUCUUCACUAGCUGUUAGCCUACUGAAUGUAAAUAACAUGUAAGUGUACACUGAAGACGAAGCCAUGUAAGAGAUUUCAGAAAGAGAUUUAAGACAGUAUGGCUGAAAAGGUGUCCCAUUGUAUUAAGAGUGCCUUUGGGUGUUCUCAUGGAUACACAAAAAGCUAGUAUACCUGUUGGUGUGCAUGUAUGUAGGUUACCUCUGUGGAUAUUAUUUUGUGCAGGGUUUAAAAUGACACAUUGUGAGUUUCUGAGAUACACUGCUUUGCGCAGAAUCUAAUUCAUGGGUUAUAAUUGAUGGGUUAUAUACUACUUCUGGCAGUAUGAAUAUUUGUCUGUGUAUCUUAAACAUUCACAUUGACUCUUGGGAAUGCAUUAGCAGUAGGCUAGACCAUCUAUACAAUAUAUAUACAAAAGUAUGUGGACACCCCUUCAAAUGUGUAGAUUCGGCUAUUUCGGCCACACAUGUUGCUGACAGGUGUAUACACUCGAGCACACAGCAAUUCAAUCUCCAUAAACAAACAUUGGCAGUAGAAUGGUCCGUACUGAAGAGCUCAGUGACUUUCAACGUGGCUACGUCAUAGGAUGCCACCUUUCCAACAAGUCAGUUUGUCACAUUUCUGCCCUGCUAGAGCUGCCCAGGUCAACUGUGCACAAAGCGAGGUCCAUACAGAAAUGGUUUGUCGAGAUCGGUGUUGAACAACUUGACUGGCCUGCAAAAGGCCCUGACCUCAACCCUAUCGAACACCUCUGGGAUGAAGUUUAACACUGACUGCGAGCCAACUCCAUGUAACUGGCCAUGAUUUCAGAAUGAGAUGUUCGACGAGCAGGUGUCCACAUACUUUUGGUCAUUUAGUGUAGCAUCUGCAAGUAGUGCACAAAAGGCACAAAUCUGGUAGCCAAAGUUCCAGAAAUGCGUGAAAGAAGGAGACAUCUAUAGGCCUACACGUGAUGAUAAUAAUAAACAGAGAUAUCCACAUACUGCACCUUUGGCCAUGUAGUGUAUGUCUGUCUAUAACAAUUGCAGGAAUUGUUUCAGAGUUUACUUGUUCAACCUCUCUGGGGAUUCAAAACAUAUCUUUCGUAUGAUAAAAACAUGAAUGUCUGCCUAGUCAUUUCUCUAAUCUUUACCGCAAAAAACGUAAACACAGACGAAUGUACAGAAAGAAGCAAGCCACACAGCAAAAGCAGUCUGAAGACUUCUAUCACUAUAGCGACCAAUAGACUACCAUACCUCUUCAUGCAACUGUGUACAGAAGCUCAGCAAGUAAACUUUUGAAAAAAAAAUCGAAAUGUAAAUAAAUCCAUCUGUUGAAAUGUGAAUAUUAGUAACAGCCGUGAAAUAACACGAUUGUAUGUGGUCAGAGUUAAACAUGACAUGUCCAGUCUCAACAUUAUUUGAAACGCAGGUGAAUUUUUUUCCAAUAUGAAUUCGUCAAACAGCAGCAUUGUAAAGGAAGAUUAGAAUGAUUUAAGGGGUUGCAAACUAUGACAUGUACUGCUGUGAGACCAAUAUAUUUGAUCUGGGACUGUGUGUACACUGUAUCUGUGUUACUGAUCAACCUCUAGGUUUCUGGAAACAAUCUGUCGAUGGAUUAAUGGAAGUGGUGUACAGAAUAAAAUGUCUUGAAGGAGACUGUG